AUGGCCAUGCAAGUAACAGAUAAAAACACUGUAAUUAGAGGAACCCCAUUGGUGCAACCCAAUAACCAGCUCUUCUGGUUUAACCGACCUCAACUCGUCCUACCACUCCUUCAUUUCACUCUAUUCAUGAAUGCAUUUGAGUUCGCAUUCUUCAUUUGGGUUACGUGGCAAUUUGGGAUUAAAUCUUGCUACCACGAAAACGUUGAGAUUAUUGUUAUCAGGGUGGUAUUAGCGGUUAUGGUUCAAGUCCUUUGCAGCUACAUAACUCUUCCUCUCUAUGCACUUGUAACUCAGAUGGGUUCUCAAUAUAAAAGUGCAAUACUGGAACAACACACAGUCCAUGUAAUUAAACAAUGGCAUGCAGACGUGAAGCAUAAGAGGAAGCAAAAACCCUACUCACAGUCUCAACAAGAUGACUCCACCACGUCGUGGAGCAACAGCAAAACUCCUUCCCCGAAUGUCUCCUACCAUCAAAGAACGCCAACUCUUGCAGAAUUUACUUCUAGUAGUGGAGGUCAUCAUGAGAUCACUGAAGAACAUCAAGAGCAGGAAGAUCAAAAUGAAGUAGAUAUGGGUUCUCAAUAUAAAAGUGCAAUACUGGAACAACACACAGCCCAUGUAAUUAAACAAUGGCAUGCAGACGUGAAGCAUAAGAGGAAGCAAAAAUUCUACUCACAGUCUCAAAAAGAUGACUCCACCACGUCGUGGAGCAACAGCAAAACUCCUUCCCCGAAUGUCUCCUACCAUCAACGAACGCCAACUCUUGCAGAAUUUACUUCUCGUAGUGGAGGUCAUGAUGAGAUCACUGAAGAACAUCAAGAGCAGGAAGAUCAAAAUGAAGUAGAUGUGCGUGAUGAAAUUUCCAUUUCACCCACUGAGGUGCAAAAACAAGUCAAAUUUACGCAAAACCGCCUGGACAGUUGA